AGAGCAUCUCACAAGACGCACAAAACACACGCACGCGGAAAGAGAGAAAGAAUGAAAGAGAGAGAGAGAGGAUCGAGCCUUCCAUUCCGGGGUUCUCUCCUCGGAUAGGAAUAACAGUUCAAUUCUCCUUCUCAUUCUCAUUUCUUUUCCCUCUUUCUUCUUCUUCUUCUUCUUCUUCUUUCUUCUUCUUCUUUUUCUUUUUCUUCUUCUUCUUCUUCUUCCCCCUCCCUCCCUCGCAUCGUUCAUUCUCCGAUCUCUCAUCUUCUUCUUUCUCUCUCCAUUUCCAAUUUCAUGUGCUUUCUCUUCCUUGCAUUAUUGUCUGCUAUUUUUUUUGGAAUUGAAAGAAGAAGAAGAAGAAGAUGAGCGUGAUCUCACGAAACAUAUGGCCGGUUUGCGGAAGCCUCUGCUGCUUUUGCCCCGCGCUGCGCGAACGAUCCAGACAUCCUAUCAAGCGUUACAAGAAGUUGCUCGCUGAUAUUUUCCCUCGCUCACCGGAUGAGGAACCGAACGAGCGUAUGAUCGGCAAGUUAUGUGAAUAUGCCGCAAGGAAUCCUCUCCGAGUCCCUAAGAUAACGAGCUAUCUAGAGCAAAGGUGUUAUAGGGAGUUGAGAACCGAAAACUACCAAUCCGUUAAAGUUGUUAUAUGUAUUUAUAGGAAGUUGUUAAUUUCUUGCAAAGACCAAAUGCCCUUGUUUGCGAGUAGUUUGCUUGGCAUCAUACAGAUUCUUCUUGAUCAAUCACGGCAUGAUGAAGUGCAGAUUUUAGGUUGCCAGACUUUGUUUGACUUUGUGAACAAUCAGAAAGAUGGUACUUAUAUGUUCAAUUUAGAUGGGUUCAUUGCAAAACUCUGCAAUCUAGCUCAAGAAGUUGGCGAUGAUGACAAAGUACAACCUUUACGUGCUGCUGGCCUUCAAGUCCUUUCAUCAAUGGUUUGGUUCAUGGGAGAAUUUACUCAUAUCUCAGUGGAAUUUGACAAUGUUGUUUCAGUUGUUUUAGAAAAUUAUGGGGAUGUCAAACAAGAUUCUCAAAAUGAGAACUCAAUGAGGCUUUAUUCUUGGAGAGUGAUAGUGAAUGACAAAGGAGAACUUAACGUGCCUGUGGAUGAUGCCAAGAACCCUGGAUUUUGGUCACGGAUUUGCGUACAAAAUAUGGCAAAAUUAGCUAAGGAGGGUACAACAGUUCGACGUGUUCUAGAGUCCUUGUUCCGCUAUUUUGAUAAUGCCAAUCUAUGGUCUCCAGAACAUGGGCUUGCUCUUUCUGUUCUGCUUAACAUGCAGUCUAUUAUUGAAAAUUCUGGACAGAAUACACACUUGUUACUUUCCAUUUUAGUCAAGCACCUUGAUCACAAGAAUGUCUUAAAGAAUCCUAAUAUGCAACUUGACAUAGUUGGGGUUAUUACGCAUCUCGCCAAAGAAACAAGGGUUCAACAAUCUGUGGCUAUAAUUGGUGCAUUAAGUGAUAUGAUGAGACACCUGCGAAAGAGCAUACAUUGCUCUCUAGAUGAUUCAAACUUGGGGUCCGAAAUAAUACAAUGGAACCAAAAAUACCGAACCGAAGUAGAUGAAUGCCUUGUACAAUUAACAAUUAAGAUUGCAGAUGCAGGUCCUGUUCUUGAUACCAUGGCCGUGUUGCUGGAAAACAUGUCUAAUAUUACUGUUAUGGCCAGAACCUUGAUUGCUGCAGUCUAUAGAACUGCUCAAAUAGUUGCUUCAAUACCAAAUAUAUCAUAUCAGAACAAGUCAUUCCCUGAGGCAUUAUUUCAUCAGUUACUUCUGGCAAUGGUCCAUGCAGACCAGGAAACCAGGGUGGGUGCACACCGCGUAUUUUCUGUUGUUCUCGUGCCAUCUUCAGUUUGUCCUCAACCCUCUCAAGAGUUCGCUUCCGCAAAGGGUGCUGAUAUUCAAAGAAUGCUCUCAAGAAAUGUCUCUGUGUUUUCUUCUUCAGCUGCACUCUUUGAGAAGUUGGAGAGGAAACAAAAUCCACUGCCAGAAGAUAGUAAUGCAGAUGCAAAGGUUGAUAACUCCAUUUUGAAUAGAUUAAAGUCAACUUAUAGCCGGACUACUAGUACGAGAAAAUCUGGUUUGGGCAGUGCGGAAUAUAUGGAUAACAGGAACUCAAAGGGUAAUAAUAAUUCUUCCGUGAUGAAUAGAUUGAAGUCUAGUUACAGCCGUGCUACUAGUGUGAGGAAGUCGCAACCGCUAGUAACCCCAACUGUGGAGGAAAAUACUACAAAUACUUCCACUAAACAACAUGUAUUACCCAUUAGAUUGAGUAGUCAUCAGAUUACCCUUUUGCUAUCAUCAAUCUGGGUUCAGUCUGUCUAUUCCCAAAAUACGCCUGAAAAUUUUGAGGCGAUUGCUCAUACCUACAGCCUUCUGUUGCUAGUUGCUCGGAGUAAGAAUUCGUCUCAUGAAGCUCUAACUCAAAGUUUUCAGUUGGCUUUUUCCUUGAGGAACAUUUCUCUCAAUGAAAAUGUAAAGCUGCAACCAUCACGCCGCAGAUCUCUCUUUACACUAGCAACAGCCAUGAUUGUCUUCUCAUCCAAGGCCUACAACGUUCUCUCUCUCAUUUCUAUUGCUAAAACGACAUUGACUGAUAAAACAAUGGAUCCAUUCCUGCGGCUGGUUAGUGAUGCCAAGUUACAAGCAGUUGCUGAUACAGCUAGGAAGCCAAGUUUAGCUUAUGGAUCAAAAGAGGACGAUGAGGAUGCUUUGAAGUCACUUUCAGCCAUAAAGUUAACAGAGAGCCAGUCUAAAGAAUCAUUUUCUACCAUGAUUGUGCAGAGUCUUGGAAUAUCGUUUAAUGAAUCAUCCAUCCUAAGAGAACGGCUGCUCGAAGAUUUUUCACCUGAUGAUGCCUGUCCUUUGGGAUGCCAGUUAUCUGGUGACACAUCAGGGAAUGUGUAUCAGUCUGGUGGACUAAAGGAUGAUAAACUUCCUGAUAUGGUUGACAUUUCAUUAUUUACUAUUGACGAUGACAUUUCACAUGGUGGGUUGGAGGGCCAUGCUAGUACUGAUCCACAGGAGCAGUCUUCACAAAAUAUAAGCCUGUUGAGUGUUGAUGACAUAUUGGGCUCAGUUUCGGAAACAACAAAUCAAGUAGGAAGAAUUUCUAUUUCAACACCGUUUGACAUGCCUUACAAAGAAAUGGCUCUCCAUUGUGAGGCCCUCCUCGUGGGAAAGCAGCAGAAGAUGUCUACUUUCAUGAGUACCCAAUCAAUACAAGGAUAUUCAUUUAAGAUCCCUCCUUUUGAAUACCGCCAGGACAGGGACGGCAUGCCCUCAAGCUUCAAUAUUCAACCGCCUUUACCUUCGAGUGGAAAUCCAUUUUUGGAUACUAAUAUGGACUCUACUUCACACAACGCAUUGUCUGACGCUGCUCCAAGGCCUUGUGCAACAGCAUACCAGCAGCAUCAAGCUGCCUUCUUUCAACUGCCAGCAUCACGUCCGUAUGAUAGUUUCUUGAAAGCCGCCGGUUGUUGAUUCGUUGUAGAGAAGAAGAAGAUGAUGAUGAUGAUGAUUUUCAUAGUUGAGCUUCUUGAUAAUACUGUCCUCACACUAAUUCACAUAGUAGAAGAUGCUCCCAAAAGUUGCACUGGCUGCUUUCUUCGCCAUGAAUUCGCAACAAUAUUUAUGGUUGGAUCAGUGUUUUUUAGGGCAACAAUUAUCAAUCAAACUGUUCAUUGAGUUAUAUAUCUUUUCCUUGAUUUGCUUCCGGCAAGUUGGCGUAUCUUUUAUUGGCGUCCUUGCAAUUUUUUCAUAGAUGUUUUUGUGUGCAUAGGUUACCGGUCUUGCAAAUGUGUACGUCUCUCGUCGUUCCUUUUUUCGUUUUUCUUUUUCUUUCCUUCAUUCAUUGUUGGGGUUUGAGAAUUUUGUAAAUACAAUUCUUUUAGGCGGA